ACGCCCAUCAUUGUCUGCAAAGAAAGAAGGCGUGGCUGGAUCUGCCCAUCUGCUCAGCGAUCGUCAUUAGAUGAAAAUGGCUGUGGACAUAUCUUCUAAAUUCAAGCUCAGCAAUGGCAAAGAAAUGCCAUACUAUGGGUUUGGCACCUACAAGAUGAAAGAUGAGCAAAUCCUUCACAAUGCCAUCGAAUUCACUAUUAAAAAUGGAACCAGGCUGAUUGAUACGGCUGCUGUGUACCAUAACGAGCACAUGGUUGGAGAAGCUAUAAGGAAGGCAUGCUCGAAGUACAACUUGAAACUCAGUGAUGUGUUUGUCACAACUAAACUAGAUACUGGGAGCCAGGGAUAUUCCAAUGCUCUGAGUGCGUUUGAAACCUCUCUGCAAGCGCUGGGUAAGGACUAUGUUGACCUGUACCUCAUUCAUUGGCCCGGGGUGAGAGGUAAAGCACGAGACGAUCCUGCCAACGCAAAGGCCAGGAGGGGCAGCUGGAGGGCACUGGAGGAGCUCUACCAAGCGGGGAAGGCUAAGGCAAUUGGCGUGUCUAACUACACACUAAAGCACCUUCAAGAAAUGCUGGAAUACUCCACUAUUAAACCUCACGUACUACAGAGUGAGUGUCAUCCUUUAUUGCCUCAACAUGAUGUGAGGGUGUUCUGUGCAGAGCACGGGAUCUUCUUCCAGGCCUACUCAUCCCUCGGAACUGGAGAUGAUAAGUUAAUGAAGCAUGAGAAGCUGAUGGCUAUUGCCAGCAAGUACCCCGGCAAAACUUCUGCUCAAAUAUUACUGGCAUGGGCAUUGCAGCAGGGAAUGGUAGUGGCUAUACUGGCUCUUGCUGGAAUGGGGGUCACAUUGAUUGUGAGAUCGCAGAAAGGUGCUAUACCAAACGGAGCUCUCCUGGACUGUGAGGAUGCAACCUGUCAGUAUGAACAGCUGGUGUGUCCUGAUAGAGACAACUGUACGAUAAACUGCAAGGACAUAAUACCUUACACUUGCUUCAGAACCGGUGUUGUAUGUCCAAGUGUAUUGGGAGAUUGCAAUCUCAAUUGCGAUGAUUUGUUCGCCUGCACCCAAGCUAACAUUUCAUGCCCUCAAGGGAACUGUAAUGUGAACUGUUUGAGUGAUUACUCAUGUAGAUACUCAGUGAUGCAGUGCUCUGGUUACGAUUGUCUCCUAUCUUGCAUGGGCCAAGAGUCAUGCUCACAUUCAACUAUCAAGUCCUCAGGAGAGAACUAUCUACUCGACUGUGAAGGACAAGAUACAUGUACCGAUUUGGACAUAGACAGUUUGAAUGAAAGUUGCCGUAUUAAUUGUCACAAUGAUGGUUCAUGCUCACGCUCAACUUUAGACUGCUCUAAUGGAAACUGUAGCCUGUACUGCACUAAUUUUUCUUGUGAUUAUGCAACGGUUAGGUGCUCACAGGGUGCUUUUUGCGAUGUGAAUUGUAACGAUUCUUAUUAUGACAUAAUCUGGGCCUACAGGUACUACUAUGAUGACUAUAGUGCUACGUGUUCCUCGACAGAGUUUGUGUGUGAGCAAGGCAGUACCUGUGUCUUCAAUUUUUAUGGAGGGUACAGAAUUGGCUACGACACAAACAUCACAUGUGAAGAAAACAGUACUUGCAGCAUCAGGUGCACUGAACUAAGUAUUUAUAGUGGUAGUCACCAAUGUGAUAGUGCUAAUAUCAUAUGUCCCACCAGUAAUGGGGACUGUACCGUCGAAUGCAGUGGCUACAAUUCAUGCCGUUCUUCACGCAUUACAUGUGGACCAAGCAGUGACUGCUUGUCUUGUAGCGGGAAGUGGUCGUGCGAUGGCUCAACUAUCACACUACGUGCCGGUUUAAAUGAACCCAUUAUGAACUGCACUGGUCUAUCAUCGUGUCGAUAUUCUACCAUUACUUGCUCAGCUAAAAACAACUGCAAUAUCAACUGCGACGGUCAGUAUUCCUGUAUCAGUGCUCGAGUGAUCUGUCCCACAGGAGACUACAGCUGCAACAUACGCUGCACCGACCCACUAUCCUGUCAAGGCUUGAGUAUCACCAACACACACAGUGUCAACCUGCUCUGUUGUGGUGGUCCCACUGCUUGUGCAGGAACACGUGUGGUACCCACUUCUACUGAUUGCCCCAAUGAUUAACAAGUGCUGACUUAAAAUGUAGACAGAUAGUGAUGUAAUUCAUCGUAGCUCUUAUUAUAGAACAGAAACUGGUGUGCAAAACUAAAUUUUAGCCUAUACUGUAAUUUGCUUUUGUACAUGUAGCUUUGAGUAUAUAUACAACGAACGGUGACGAUAGUUUUAAAAGAUAAUAAAUUAUAUGCUAUUCAA